AUGAAACUAUCGUUUCCUUUGGCUUUCGUGUUGAGUACGAAGACAUCAAUGGAAAGGCAACUUCGGGAACACAUGUCUGCCAUAGGGUUGGCGCUGACAGUCGUGGACGCCGUAUAUUUGGUUCGGGACUGGAAUAAAGCGCACCCGACUCUGGAGGCCAUCAAUGAAAUGAUCACUGGUUUGGAAAGCGAUCGCAAGACUAUUCAAUUUAUACAAACGGCCAAAGCGGCCACAGAUAUGGCCGGCGGAGGGGUCGCAGUGUUGCACACUAUCGGCCAAACGCUGACCGCCGGCGCCACACAUGCUUUUGGCACGACUUUGAGGACAGCGGGCGCGACGACUGUCGUCGACAAUCAACUCAUCGAUGAUAUAAUCAAAGCUAUUCUCACCAAAAGUGCCCCAAAAGAGGUCGAAGACAAUGAGUUUGACUGA